AUGGUGCAAAAGCAACAUACAGCUGCGUGCUUUUCCCUGGGUGCGCUAGCUUUAUCAGUGGCGCAAGUACUAGCACCAAAUAGUUUGCAGUUCAAUGAACACGAGUUUCAACGAUCACCCAAAGAGGCGCAGGACGCAGCGCACGAGGCGGCAAAGCUCGUGAAACCAGGUGACUUGAUCUUUAUUACCACAAGCGGUCUGGUUUACUCGGUGGGAAGAUACUUGACUGGAAAUGCAUACGACCAUGUGGUGGUCGUAUUGGAUGAACACAUGGUGCUUCAUGUGGGAACACCGUCCGUGAGACUGAUGCCGCUGGAGCGGCUCCUUUUGCCUCAACGACAACCUGUGGUACUACGCGUGUUGAUGUCGGAAACAGAGCUGCAGCUAUUUCUGCGUUGUGCUCGUCAAUUGAUCGGAUGCAAAUAUGACGUUGCAAGAGCGUAUCAACUGAUGCUGCGAUUAACUCUAAAGCGCCUAGCCGGGUCAUCGCCUCUGCCAAGAUUGCCGCUUGACGUGAAAAGUAACGCCUGGAUCUGCAGUGAUUCGAUUGUUGUGCUGCUUACAGGUUGCUGCACCGCAUUCCAAAAGGCUUUAAUCAAGGCACGACAAGAAACCGAAUUAGAUAUUUUUACCGUUGGUAGCGCCUCCAUGACAGAUUUUCAACGGAUUCGUCGUAUCCAGCCAGACAUUAUUUCGCGUGUGGUACAAUUUACACAAAGCGUACAAAAUGGGACGAUCAAAUGGCCUUUGCUUCCGUCUGAAAUCUUUCCAAAGGUACGCCAGCUCGCAACUAGUAUUCCGCCGAUAUCAUGGCCCACAAAGCGCAAGAUCCAAGCACUUAGCUACACGAUAGCUUUGCUACUGAUGCUUCGGCGAGGAUUUACCAAAGAUCUUUUACCAUUCAAAAAUUUCGAGUUGCAAAACUGCUUUUUCAAAAUGACUACAUUUGUAUCAAGUCAUAAAUUAAGCAUGGCAGGAAAAGCACAAGCAGCAGAGGCAGCAGGCGCAAUCCCUACCGGCGGAUUGUGUCUGCUAGUGAUCGACCAACAGGUUGACUUUCAUCCUGGUGGUUCACUUGCCAUCCCGACGGCGAGCGAGGACGCGGCGCGCAUUGCAGCGUUCAUUCAGAAACAUUCCAGAAAGCUCAAGCAACUUGUGCUUACGCUGGAUUCGCAUCAGCGGUACCACAUUGCGCACGGAAUCUUCUGGGAAAAUUCCAAAGGUGAUUCACCUGAGCCGUUCACAUGUAUCACGACCAAGGAUGUGGCUACUGGUGUGUGGAGGCCGCGCGACCCCAGUCUAAAGGAUUACGUGCUAGCAUACACGUCGGCACUUGAGGCCAGUGGCAAGUUCACGUUGUGUAUCUGGCCAGAACACUGCCUCAUUGGCUCACCCGGGCACAACAUUGUGCCAAUUGUACAUGCAGCGGUUGCGGAGUGGACUAAGAUAUCAUUAAAGCCCGUUCAGUACGUCAUGAAGGGCCACAACUCGUUCACGGAGCAUUACUCGGCGCUUCGUGCCGAGUUCGAGCUGCCCUACGAUUCAACAACAAGGUUAAACCAGUCGCUAGUGGAAUCCUUAAAACUUGCCGACAAGGUUGUUGUCUGUGGCGAGGCCAUUUCGCAUUGUGUGAACUAUACGUUACGCGAUUUGGUGGCGGCUUGGCCGAAAGAUCGUCGCCAGGACUUGGUGAUCCUGACUGAUUGUGCUUCCCCCGUUCCGGGUUUCAAAAAGGCUGGCGAGGAAUUUCUGCGCGACAUGGCUGAGGCGGGACUGACGCUUACCACGUCGCUCCAGUUCUCCGCAUGA